GGGAUUGGAAGUAUUGUGUGUCGUGCAUGACAGACGGUGUGAGCGUGGUGUGAGCGUGGGGGCUUGAUUCUUAAAUUGAUGCGCGUCAUCGUCCGUCUGCUGCCUUCCUGCGACGACGAUGUCUCGACUGUCGGACACGGACAUUGCGGCGCUGCUCGACCACCUCGGCGUGCGCCAGCCACACCGAGACGUGCUCCUCUCGUGGGGGUCGACGGACUCGGUGCAGGCGCGCCUCGAUGCGCUGACGUCGCUGCAGCGCCGCUUCCUAGUCGCCGUGCCGUUCGACGACCUGGACCUGCACUACAGUGCGACGCGCACCGUCUCGCUCGAUGUGCAGCACUCGCUGCGCAAGUGUCUCGAGAAGCGCAGGGGCGGCUACUGCAUGCAGAACAACGCCCUCUUCCGGGCCGCGCUGCUGGGCCUCGGCGUCGACGUCUAUUCGACGGGCGCCCGCGUCAAUGCCGUCUUUGAGCCAGGCAACCAGAACCUCGCCGAGGACCAGUGGCUCUACCACGGCUUCGACCACAUGGUCAAUCUGGUCCGGCUCGGCGACGGCAAGGUGUACCUCGUCGACGUUGGCAUCGGCACCUCGUCGACGACGGCGCCCACGCCCCUGGCCACGGCGGCCUCGGGCCCCACGACGAUGCUCAACAUUGCCCCCGCGGCCCACCUCCGCCUGCGGCUGGGCACCACAUCGCAGCACGCAGACCCGGCGCGGGCCAAGCCGAUCCAGCUCCUCGACUCGUCGCUCCACGCUGUGGGUGAGGAGCACCACGCAAAGUGGAGGCCCGUCUUUUGCUUCGACGCCGACACCGAGUUCCUGGAGCCCGACUUUGAGAUGAUGAGCUUCUUCACGUCGACGCAUCCCACGCCCUGGUUCAGAAGGGACCCCGUCUGCUCCCGGCUCAUUCUCGACGGCGACGAGGCGCCCAUCGGCCAUGCGACGCUGUUCAAGGACCGCUGGAGCGUGCGCCACGGCGCAGACAUCAAGGAGCAGGGCCAGGUGCAGACCGAGGAGGAGCGGUGCCGCGUCCUCAAGGACAAGCUCGGCAUCGUGCUGACCGGCGAGGAGAAGGUGGCCAUUAGGCAGUAUCCCUCUGCACUCAGACAUGAUGAAUAGAUGCCAUUUCUCAGUGAUUGCUUACAACGCAAGGAGGCAAUAGGCCUGCUUUGCCCC